CCACGUUACUGAAUUUAAAUGGGAAAAAAAAGGAAAUCGCCGGUCAGACGAGCUGCGGCUUCAAACCCGCGUCCUCAGUGAUUUACAGUAGGAGCACUGGGCUGUGGCGCCUCUGGUUCCGACCCCGAGCUCAGACUACGCGCGCGACAACGAGCCAGACCACGGGGAGACGACCCGAGCUGCUCACCGCGGGAGCGGCGUCCCAGCGGGGGGGCUGUGCUCCGCUAACGUGAUGAUCCUCCCUCCGGGCGGUGGAGGCGUUUCAGCGCUCCGCUAUUCUGGCCACGAUCCCGCGGACGCGGCUACAGCAACAGACACGAGGCGUUUCCCGUUCUUAUCCUUUGUUUUAGCUUGGAAUUGAGAGGAGACUGCAGAACAAACAAAAGGGACGAUGAGCUCUGCUCACGUCAAAUGGCCAAUUCUCAAUAAUCAAAUGAUGGGUUUUAGAGUCUGGCGGUGACCAACAUGUUGAUCCUGGCGCCGCCCGCCGGCGCUGUCAACAUCCUCACAUUGCCCCUGAAAUUGUAGUUGUAUCUGGAUGAGCUCCCUCGAAACCUCUCUCAAAGAUAAUAUGGAACUCCAUCAAACCAUUGGGAAGGAUUACCUGAGGAUCCGGCCCCACGUCUGCUGAAGAACUGGGUCUUUGCCGUUUGUGAAGCUAAUGCCACAGCAGUUCCCGGCACUGAACCAGCUGCACGGUUGAAGCCAUGACUGCUGCGGCGCGAGGCCACUGCUGACGAUGCAGGGCUCCGCUGGGCCUCCUCCUCCCGUGGACCUGUGCUGCUGGCUCCUCGUGCUGUUCACCGCGAGCGCACGGGCGACGGCGUGUCCCGCCGGCUGUCACUGCGCGGACAAGAGCGGCGCCACCGUGGUCCAGUGCGCGUCUCGCAACCUGGACGAGAUCCCGUCGGACCUCCCGCGAGACACGGCGGUGCUGCUGUUGGCGUCGAACCACAUCACCCACAUCCCCAACCGGGCCUUCAGGGAGCUGCACCGCCUGCAGGAGGUGGAUCUGUCCAACAAUGACAUCGAGGCCGUGGAUGCCGGGGCCUUCCAGGGGGUUUCCGACAGCCUCCUGGUGCUGGACCUCUCCAACAACCACAUCCAAAGGGUUCCGAAGGAGGCGUUUGCCCGCCUGAGAGCCAAGAUCAGCCUGUCCAACAACCCCUGGCACUGCGAGUGCACGCUGCAGGAGGUGCUGAGGGAGCUGCGGCUCGACCCCGACACGGUCAACGAGCUGAUGUGCCACACGGCGGUGCAGGAGGAGUACGCGGGCAGGCCGGUCAUCCAGGUGCUGGACUCAGGGAUCAACUUCUGCAACUUCCACCACAAGACCACGGACGUGGCCAUGUUCGUCACCAUGUUCGGCUGGUUCGCCAUGGUGAUCGCGUACGUCGUCUACUACGUCAGACACAACCAGGAGGACGCCAGGCGCCACCUGGAGUACCUCAAGUCACUGCCCAGCAGCUCCCACAUCAACAAGGACUGUGACACCAUCAGCACUGUUCUCUAGCUCAGCAGCCAACACUAAUACAACAAACAAUGUCGUAACUAAAUAACAAGUGGUUUCAGGGCUUUUGUAAUUUCACUUCUGUUUAUUAUGAGAACAUGUAGCAACACCUGAAUAGAACACAUGUGAUGGAUGUUCUGAUCAGGAGCCUUUAAUCAACGAGGCUCCUAAUGUCACAUCAAGCUAAAUGCUACUUUAUGAGACACCUGCUGAUGCUUCGGCUGAAUGAAGAUGUCAGCAUCACUAUACAGGACGUAGCAGCGUAGAGCAGCCCGGCCUCCAGCGAACCAUGCAAACCCGGUCUGACCUGCGCCCGGUGGACGAUGUAAUGCAGGCGUUAGUAGAGAGUUUUGGUUGUGUUUCACUAGAUGUCGUUGUGUGCUGGGUCUGUGGUUUCAGUAGCAGUGAGAGUGUGAGCGUCGUGUGAACGGUGGCUUUAUUGGUCCUAAUUGUCCAUGUAGAUCAGCACAGAGCUUGGCUUCGUGGAGCGUUGGCUCACGUCAGCUGAACGACCUUUAGCUAAACGCGUCCUUACAGAGUUGACGCUGUUUAUGGAUCAUAUGCACUGGAUGCACAGCCCGUCCCGUGUACUGAAUGCCAAUGUACGGUGGUGGUCAGCGGCCCACUGGACCGGCCCGUCGCCGCUGUUACUAAUAUUGAUCUGAUUGUACAGUAGCAGCUCACACAAACUCAAUGUAACUGUGGGCUGGUCAGGAGUCGCCGUGAGACUUCUAUGCAGCGAGCUGAACGGUUGAGCCUCUGACCUCCAGGUCCAGCUACGGCCUUCGUGCUGAUGGUCACAUGACGAUAACCAGCAGCUUCUGAGCAGCUGCUUCCACAAGUUAAUGAAUGCAACCAACACUUGGUUCUUCUUCUCCUCUUUUUAUUUUGCAUUUGAUAACAAAUCCCUUUUAUACAACUGUAGCUUUGUUCCGACCUGUCAUACGUGUACAGUAUGUGGCCAGUAUGGACUGUUACAAUGUGAGGGAUGUUUGUGUCAUCAGUGCUGUUCCCGUGUAUAAACCAAUCUUUAAGUGUUUGUGUCAUUGAAAAGUGGGCUGUCCUUGGUCAGCGUCUCUUCAAGAGAAGUUAGUGCCGUAUUUCUGAGGGAAAUGAAAGGGCUCCAACAGUUUGGUGAUAAUAAUAAUAAUGUUCUGGUCAUAGUCUUGUUUGUGUUGUCAGUGAUUAGCAUGUGUUUUCUUCAUGCUCUGGACACUUUACCAGCAUUUGAAAAUAAAAAAGACAGUUCAG